AAGGCAACGCUAGGGUUUUCGUGUCCGGCUCCCUCUGCGCCCAAAACCCAGCCCCGGCGGCGGUCCCCUUCCCUUCCUUUCCCCCUGGAGGCGGAGGCGGAGGCGGCUUCCGGAAUCUCUCCGCUCCACUCCACCGGAAUACAGGAUGGCGUCCGGCGGGCCGGGGCUCGAAUCGCUCGUCGACCAGAUCAUAUCCGUCAUCACAAACGAUGGCCGCAACAUUGUGGGCACGCUCAGGGGAUUCGAUCAAGCCACCAACAUCAUCCUCGAUGAGUCCCAUGAGAGGGUCUACUCUACCAAGGAGGGAGUGCAACAGCUUGUUCUUGGGCUGUACAUUAUAAGGGGCGACAACAUCAGCGUGGUGGGGGAGGUGGAUGAAGAGCUGGAUGCGAGGCUGGACCUGUCGAAGCUGAGAGCGCAUCCGCUGAAGCCUGUGAUCCACUGAUUUACCGUUGGCUGUGAAGUCGAUGCCUAGUAGCAUCGUUGAGGCAUGUAGGUAGGGUAGUAGCAAUUAAGACGAGAGAGCAUGAACAUGUAAUGUAUGUUUACGUGAGCUUGUGAUAUGGUGACUGAGGAUGUUUGUUUGUUUAUCCUGUCUGUGAUGAUAUUAAAAGAAAAAAAAAA